GGGAACACCGGAAGUCCUUGGUGACGUCACAGAUGUGUUGAGGUAGAAGGAACGUCUGCAAUGGCUGAGACCCACAGCUUACAGGACCUCCAGCAGCCGGCUGUCUCCUCCAAGGUGUUUGUUCAAAGAGACUACGGCUCAGGAACAAUAUGCAAGUUUCAGACCAAGUUCCCCUCUGAUCUCGAAUCAAGGCUCGAUAAGCAGCAGUUUGAGGAGACCAUCCAGACUCUGAACAACCUGUACGCAGAGGCAGAGAAACUCGGUGGGAAGUCCUACCUGGAGGGGUUCCUGGCUUGCAUGACCGCCUACACCAUCUUCCUCUGCAUGGAGACACACUAUGAAAAGGUGUUAAAGAAGAUUGCCAGAUACAUACAUGACCAGAAUGAGAAGAUUUAUGCUCCAAGGGGCUUGCUGCUGACGGACCCCAUAGAGAGAGGCCUCAGAGUUGUUGAAAUUACCAUCUUUGAAGACAGAAGUAUUGGCACUGGAAGAUAAAAGAAGCUUGUGCUUGAACACCUUUCAGAAAAGUUUCAGACUUGAGAGUCGGCCUCACUUGGAAAAUGAUGCUUUGGAGUUUUGACAUGGUGUUCUUUUUUUGUAGUGAAUGAAAACACAAUUCCAGGACGGCGGUGCCUUUAGUCAAAAAUCAAAUGGAAAAGACAAAAACGUUAUAAUGGUCAUUAUUCAGAAGUAACCCAAAUCUUUUAUUCCAAUUUUUUAAUAAUGACUAACAAACACUUAUCAGGACUUUCUUAAAGCAUCACAGAAAUGUGUUUUAACUUUUAGUUUUUGUCUUUUCUUGAACAUAAUUUUUUUUUUUUGACUCUUCACAGUAUAAGCCGAUGACCUACCAGAUAUUCUUCAGCUGUCUGUCUGAUCUUGUAUGUACAGACAGAUUUGAAUUUAUGUAUACCUUUUGAUGUAAUAAUUUCUCCUUUUAUUUAUUAGAACUUUAAAGUUUGAUUUCUUUGAGUUUGUGCACAUUUUCUUGUCUUUUUAUGCACAGUUGUUGCCUGAAUUGUAACCCAGUUGAUCAGAUCAGAUUUUAUUAAUUGUGCCAUUAUAUUCACAUUUUUUUCAUCACAGUAAUUGCAAAUGAUUUUAUGUACUUUUUGAAACUAUCAAGAUUAUGUUUUGUCAGUGCUGAAAAUGGCUGCAGAGCAGGUUUGAGUUGUGGCCGGUAAACUGUAAGAUGAUGUGUACUUAUACACAGUAUUGACAUGUUGGUAGAGAGAGUUUUGGUGAGACAAAAAGGUUUGUAUUUGUUAGAAGAAUGUAAACUUUUUGGUGGGGGAUCAUUUUUUUAAAUUGUAAGCUGCAUAUUUAUGUGACGUAGAGGACGGAGCAUGUUUAACCAAGUUAAUCACGAAAUCAUAUAGCUUAGUGCAUUUUGAAAAUGUCGUUAAUGUGGUGUUGUAUAAGUGCACCAGUGCUCCUUAACUGUUUUGUCUGCUGCAUAUUUAUGUUGCAAACGCCAUGGUAUUAUUCAUUAUCCUUGAACAUAGAAGAAAUGUAAAUGCUCCACAGUGGUGUUUGAUUCAGUCACCUUUCUAUUGUCAUGUUUUAUCUUAAAAUAAAUUCCGGUUCCUUGAAA